UCACUAAUUGUAGUCCAGUUCAGAUCAGUGUUCACGUUACGAGAACUGCGGAUUGGCGACGUCGCAUCAUUUAAGGGACUAUCCGAAGCGGAACGAUUUCAGCCAGAUUUUACCUCUUGAAAAUAACUGGAUUGGAUUGUUAAAACUUAGGAGUUCAGCAUGCCUCGGUCUUUCCUGGUAAAAAAGUAUUUCACCAGCAAGAGGCCAAACUACAGCGAGUUGGAAUGUCAGAACGAUGUUUUGCCAGACAGAUACCCACUAGCAGAACUUCCAGCAGUCAGCAAUGACUUCCCAGUAGCCUGCUUGACCACUGGACUGGUUUGGGAUGUCAGCUUGCUGCCUUCCCUACACGAUCCCACGUCCCCAUCCACCCUUUCCACUAGCCAGGGCCCGCUGGACCUCAGCUCCCCGUCCAGCGUCAGCUGCAGCAGCAGCGGGGAAGAAGAUGAAGGACGCACGUCGGACCCACCGAGCCCAGAUUCCUCAGACACCUACCACCCCCAACAGACCAGCAGGCCGAGGCGCAGCAACAAGAACCGGGCAGGACAGAGGGAGGACAAGAGCGAGGCCACUGUCCCAGCCACUCGACCGGCCUUCUUCUGCAAGCACUGUCCCAAAGAAUACAACAGUCUCGGUGCCUUGAAGAUGCACAUCCGGUCACACACACUGCCAUGCGUCUGUCCCACCUGUGGAAAGGCCUUCUCACGACCCUGGCUGUUAAGAGGACACAUUCGCACACAUACAGGUGAGCGUCCGUUCUCCUGCCCGCACUGUAACCGUGCCUUCGCGGACCGUUCUAACCUUCGCGCGCACCUGCAGACCCACGCAGAUGUCAAGAAAUACCAGUGCAGCACCUGUUCUCGCACCUUCAGCCGCAUGUCCUUGCUGCAGAAACACACCGCAGCCGGCUGCUGUCCCUCCACAGCCUGAGAACGCCAAGAGCCAUUAGAUUUUAAUUCGGACACGGUGCCUUGUGAGAUAAUAAUGACCGUGUGCUUCUCCUUGCAACACCCGCAAUAUGCGACAGGAGAGGGACGACGUGACAUUUCAGCGGACUUCUUAAACAUAACACGGUCGAUACAUUUCCAAAAUGCCACAGACUUCCUAACUAAAUUACUUCAAAUGAAGGAACUAUGAAUGUUUUAAGUGUAAUAGCUGAAGCAGGGACAACUGCUGUCAGGUUGGGGGUGGGCUCACAUGUAGGGUAUGUCUCUCAGCAGGACACACACACAAGCAAACAUAAGCACACAGACAGACAGCUGUUCUGUGGUGCGGAGGCAGUGUGUUAACAGGUGCCGCGGCCCUGACCGUCACAUCUCUGAUAACAGGUGGCGUCUAGCGAGUUCUCUGGAAACACACUUUUUAGAGAGACUCGUGAGCAACCACAGUUGACCAUGUUGUUUUAAGUUGGUUUUAGUGGGUUGUAACCUGCAUGCGCAAGGUUCAUCACUUGUUUUUAACCGAUGUUUGUUCUUUUCACCACACUUUUUUGUUUUUGUUUUUUUUUGUACUCUUCUUUAUCACGCUUCCUUUUGUACAGGGACAACAGCGUUUUAAAAUGCACUCCAAUGUACCAAAGAGUAUUGAAGUC